AUGACUAAUGUUGUCUCAUGUCAAGCCACAGAGGCAACACAACCAGCAAAAGAAGAAGAAAGCGCAACAAAAGAACAAGCAUGCACCAAAGACAGUAAACCAGGAAAGACCAGAUUCGCAACAGCAGCAGCAAUACCAGCACCAUCGAAAAACCAGAGAACAAACGACAUCAGAGACCAGAGAAAGAUCAGACAAAGACCAGACAAAGACCAGACAAAGACCAGAGAAAGAUCAGACAAAGACCAGACAAAAACCAGAGAAAGAUCAGACAAAGACCAGACAAAGACCAGAGAAAGAUCAGACAAAGAUCAGACAAAGACCAGGGAAAGAUCAGACAAAGACCAGACAAAGAUCAGACAAAGACCAGAGAAAGAUCAGACAAAGACCAGAGAAAGAUUAGACAAAGACCAGAGAAAGAUCAGACAAAGACCAGAGAAAGAUCAGACAAAGACCAGACAAAGAUCAGACAAAGACCAAAAAAAGACCAGAGAAAGAUUAGACAAAGACCAGAGAAAGAUCAGACAAAGACCAGAGAAAGAUCAGACAAAGACCAGACAAAGAUCAGACAAAGACCAAAAAAAGACCAGAGAAAGAUCAGACAAAGACCAGACAAAGACCAAACAAAGACCAGACAAAGACCAGACAAAGACCAAACAAAGAUCAGACAAAGAUCAGGCAAAGACCAGACAAAGAUCAGACGAAGCUCAGACAAAGACCAAACAAAGUUCAGACAAAGAUCAGACAAAGACCAGACAAAGACCAGACAAAGAUCAGACAAAGACCAGACAAAGACCAGACAAAGACCAAACAAAGACCAGACAAAGACCAAACAAAGACCGGAGAAAGAUCAGACAAAGACCAGAGAAAGAUCAGACAAAGACCAAAAAAAGACCAGAGAAAGACCGGAGAAAGAUCAGACAAAGACCAAACAAAGACCAGACAAAGACCAGACAAAGACCAGAGAAACAUCAGACAAAGAUCAGACAAAGAUCAGACAAAGAUCAGACAAAGACCAGACAAAGACCAGACAAAGAUCAGACAAAGACCAGACAAAGACCAAACAAAGACCAAACAAAGACCAAACAAAGACCAGACAAAGACCAAACAAAGACCGGAGAAACAUCAGACAAAGACCAGAGAAAGAUCAGACAAAGACCAAAAAAAGACCAGAGAAAGACCGGAGAAAGAUCAGACAAAGACCAGAGAAAGAUCAGACAAAGACCAAAAAAAGACCAAAGAAAGACCGGAGAAAGAUCAGACAAAGACCAGACAAAGACCAGACAAAGACCAGACAAAGACCAGACAAAGAUCAGACAAAGAUCAGACAAAGAUCAGACAAAGAUCAGACAAAGACCAGACAAAGACCAGACAAAGAUCAGACAAAGACCAGACAAAGACCAGACAAAGACCAGACAAAGACCAGACAAAGACCAGACAAAGACCAGACAAAGACCAGACAAAGACCAAACAAAGAUCAGACAAAGAUCAGACAAAGACCAAACAAAGACCAGACAAAGACCAAACAAAGACCGGAGAAACAUCAGACAAAGACCAGAGAAAGAUCAGACAAAGACCAAAAAAAGACCAGAGAAAGACCGGAGAAAGAUCAGACAAAGACCAGAGAAAGAUCAGACAAAGACCAAAAAAAGACCAAAGAAAGACCGGAGAAAGAUCAGACAAAGACCAGACAAAGACCAGACAAAGACCAGACAAAGACCAGACAAAGACCAGACAAAGACCAGACAAAGACCAGACAAAGACCAGACAAAGACCAGACAAAGAUCAGACAAAGAUCAGACAAAGAUCAGACAAAGACCAGACAAAGACCAGACAAAGACCAGACAAAGAUCAGACAAAGACCAGACAAAGACCAGACAAAGACCAGAGAAACAUCAGACAAAGACCAGACAAAGACCAGACAAAGACCAAACAAAGACCAGACAAAGACCAAACAAAGACCGGAGAAAGAUCAGACAAAGACCAGAGAAAGAUCAGACAAAGACCAAAAAAAGACCAGAGAAAGACCGGAGAAAGAUCAGACAAAGACCAAACAAAGACCAGACAAAGACCAGACAAAGACCAGAGAAACAUCAGACAAAGAUCAGACAAAGAUCAGACAAAGAUCAGACAAAGACCAGACAAAGACCAGACAAAGAUCAGACAAAGACCAGACAAAGACCAAACAAAGACCAAACAAAGACCAAACAAAGACCAGACAAAGACCAGACAAAGACCAGACAAAGACCAAACAAAGACCAGAGAAAGACCAGAGAAAGAUCAGACAAAGACCAAACAAAGACCAAACAAAGACCAAACAAAGACCAAACAAAGAUCAGACAAAGACCAGAGAAAGACCAGACAAAGACCAGACAAAGACCAGACAAAGACCAGACAAAGACCAGACAAAGAUCAGACGAAGCUCAGACAAAGACCAAACAAAGACCAAACAAAGAUCAGACAAAGACCAAAAAAAGAUCAGACAAAGACCAGACAAAGAUCAAACAAAGACCAGACAAAGACCAAACAAAGAUCAGACAAAGACCAAACAAAGACCAGACAAAGACCAGACAAAGACCAGACAAAGACCAAACAAAGACCAGAGAAAGACCAGAGAAAGAUCAGACAAAGACCAAACAAAGACCAAACAAAGACCAAACAAAGACCAAACAAAGAUCAGACAAAGACCAGAGAAAGACCAGACAAAGACCAGACAAAGACCAGACAAAGACCAGACAAAGACCAGACAAAGUUCAGACAAAGAUCAGACAAAGACCAGACAAAGACCAGACAAAGACCAAACAAAGACCAGACAAAGACCAAACAAAGACCGGAGAAAGAUCAGACAAAGACCAGAGAAAGAUCAGACAAAGACCAAAAAAAGACCAGAGAAAGACCGAAGAAAGAUCAGACAAAGACCAGACAAAGACCAGACAAAGACCAGACAAAGACCAGACAAAGACCAGACAAAGACCAGACAAAGACCAGACAAAGACCAGACAAAGACCAGACAAAGACCAGACAAAGACCAAACAAAGAUCAGACAAAGACCAGACAAAGAUCAGACGAAGCUCAGACAAAGACCAAACAAAGACCAAACAAAGAUCAGACAAAGACCAAAAAAAGAUCAGACAAAGACCAGACAAAGAUCAAACAAAGACCAGACAAAGACCAAACAAAGAUCAGACAAAGACCAAACAAAGACCAAACAAAGUUCAGACAAAGAUCAGACAAAGACCAAACAAAGACCAGACAAAGACCAGACAAAGACCAAACAAAGACCAAACAAAGACCAGAGAAAGACCAGAGAAAGAUCAGACAAAGACCAAACAAAGACCAAACAAAGAUCAGACAAAGACCAAACAAAGAUCAGACAAAGAUCAGACAAAGACCAGACAAAGUUCAGACAAAGAUCAGACAAAGACCAGACAAAGACCAGACAAAGAUCAGACAAAGACCAGACAAAGAUCAGACAAAGACCAAACAAAGACCAAACAAAGACCAGACAAAGACCAGAGAAAGAUCAAAGACCAAACAACAAGCAACAACAACAACAGUGACCAGACAAGGACCAAGAAGCAGACAGCAGAGACAGCAGAAAAGGAAUGGUAG